AUGGGUGCCGGUGCAAGCACGCCCUCGCCUUCGCCAGCCGAGUCCGACCCGGCGGCGAAAUGUCCCGUCGACCACAAAACCCGUGAGAUAUGGCUGCAACAACACAAGGCUUCCGGUGGUGCCGCGCCUCCUCACCCGGUGCCUGGGGCAGAAUCGGACGACAAACCGAAAGCGAAAUCGCAGCGUCCAUUGUCGACUGAUCGCGAAAUUAGCAGUAUUCCUCGAGCCAUAGAUCCGACACCCCAGGGAGCCCCGGCCGUCCCUCCAUCGCCGUACUCGUCCUCAGCCGCAUCUCAUGGCACCCCGUCGAAUGCGGAGGCGGAAACCGGCCAUGACCAGAAGACCGGAAACUGGAUUUAUCCCUCGGAACGUCAAUUCUUUGAAGCGCUGAUGCGCAAAGGAAACACUCCGGCUUCCACCACCUCCCCCUCUGAACUGGCGACGUCCGUAGCGUCGAUCAUUCCUAUUCACAACGCCGUCAACGAGCGUGCCUGGCAGCAAAUCCUCGACUGGGAAAGCCAGGCCCCCCGGUCAGACCCUGGAAGCAAGAAGUGCGGGGGCCCCAAGCUGUAUUCGUUCCGCGGGCUGGGUGUUGACCCCCAGUUCCUGAGCCCCCGUGCUCGCCUUAAUAAUCUGAUGGAUGCGGCGGGGAGAGAAUUGAAUACGUGA